AGCCAAAAUAGAAAUCCGCCCUCCCCCAUCACACGAUGCUUGUUUCUCCGCUCUGCCACGGGGCCUAGUUCGAUGGCUUCGUCAAAGGCUCGUUCUCUGCCUCACCUGGACCCGGGUGAGGUCACCUUAGUAGAAAUUGCCGCCAAUGACCCUCGAGAUACUGUGUCUUUCUCCGACAAAGAGGCGUCGAUCCUGCAGCUCUAUCGCCAGAUCCAGGAACAACAAUUAGAAAAGGCGCUACUUCAACAAGACCCUCAGUUGCUCUCCGGAGACAAUGCCGAAGAGCAGUUGGCCAUCGCUGAACGCGAGCUUCUCGAGGCGAGAGCCACUUACACGGUCAGGAGGAAAGCUGUCGCAACCAUCCUGAUGACUGACCCUACUCUGAAAGCUGUUCACCUGAAAGCGACGUCCCCAGCUGAACAUGAUCUUCUUCGCCUGAUUAACCGCCGGGAUGCACUUUCCCUAGCGCAUGAGAACCUCAACUCGGCGCAUAAUACGACGAUCAAGAACCUAUCAUCCGUGGAGGUCGAAAAUCGAAAGCUUCAUAAAAAGAACCAGGAGCUUGUACGUGAACUACUAGAACUCACCAAAGAUGAUGCAUCAUGGAAAGAACGCCUUGAGGAUGAGGAACUGGUAUCGCAAUUGGACCAAGCAAAGGAAGAUCACAAGAAAAGCAAAGCCAAGUGGGAUACCAUGAAAAAUAUAGCAAGCGCCAUGGUUGUUGGAAGUGGAAUAAAUUGGGCGGAUGACGAGGCCCUGACGGCCCUUGUUCUGGAUGAAUCUGAUGAGUGAUGCACUUGACGAACUGAUGUGAUGCUUGUUCUGCUGGUACUUAGACAAGGCAGGUGUUGGAUUUGGACUAUACCCUGUUGACUGGAAUUUGAAUCAUUCUUACUACCACACUCGGAGUAUUGUAUACUAUGUAAGGUGUAAAUCCAUAGGUAGUAAAUCCGUAAGCAAACACCGCCGCGGUGGUG